CACAUUUCGUCAUUACGCAAUGGGUGGCGACGUGGAAAACAUGGAGGAAAAGGGUACGUAGAGUUAGGCUAGCAGUGUAAAUGACUUUGUAAUUUCAAGUGUUUUCCUCUUUUGAAAUAAACACGGUUAUCAGUCGGUAUAAAACCGCUUCUUUCCGGGGAAGCUCUUGGUCAUUAACGCUACUGGAAGCCAAGAGGAGCCAAAGAAACUGCGAGAAGCUUUUGUGACAGGAUUUGGCUCAUGCCCAGAAAAUAAGGACUGAAGAUCGACAGGUGUGGCUGGAAAAAGUCAGGAAAUAUGGGAGCGAACACUAGCCAGGUUACUGACUUGUCCGAAAACACCAGCCUGAAGGCCCUGGUGGGCACACAGUCCAUAUCUGAAAACGACCCCUUUUGGAAUCAGCUCAUCUCCUUCACCUUUAUCAGUCCUACAAACAGUGGAGACUCGAAGUUACUUGAAGAGGCUGUCAUCCCACUGGCCAAGACUCUCAUUCAAAACAAUCCCAGGACGGGAAACUUUGGUGCUCUUGUGAGAGUUUUUCUGGGCAGAACCAAGGAGCUGAAAAUUUCUACAGAAUGCCAGGAUCAAUUAUUCAUCUGGCAGGCGCAUAAUGCACUGUUCAUGAUUCGCUGCCUGGUGAAGGUUUUCAUCAGAGAGAUGAGCGAGGAGGAGCUGCUGCAACAGUUCUCCUUCCAGGAGAGGGCGCCAGGCUCCUGUGGAGAAGCCGGGAGCGAGGACCUCCUGGAGGAGCUGUUGUUGAAUCUCGUUCACCUGAUUGUUGAAGUGCCCCUGCUCGACAUCACCUACAGCAUCCUGUUUGAAGCAGUGACAACGUUACUGAUAUUCUUCUCCUAUCAACUCUUCCACAAAGACAUCCUCCGAGAUGGAUUCAUAUACCAGCACAUCAUGAAGGGGCAAUGCUUGGAGCUGACUAGUCGGCUGGUGAAGACCUUGCUAUAUAACUUCAUCAGGCAGGAGAAGUGUCCUCCUCCUUCAGCCCACAUCUUUGAGCCGAAAGCUGAAGGCGGCCUUCUUUAUGGGCUGGCGUCUGGAGUGGCAAGUGGUCUAUGGAGUGUCUUCACUCUUGGUGGAGCUGGUAGUAGAGCUGGGAUAGACCAGGACAACAAUCUUUUACCUUUAUCCAAUCAGAGCCUCCUGCUGCUGCUGGUAUUGGCCAAUCUAACAGACGGGCCAGACUGGCCCAACCCCUUCCGCCAGGCUAUCACUUGUUUCAGAAAUACACAAGACACGUCGUCGCUGCCUGUGGAGCCACCUCACACUUUCCAGAUCAAUUUCAACAGCCUGUACACCGCUCUGUGUGAGCAGCAGCGCUCCGACCAGGCCACUCUGCUGCUCUACACCCUGCUCCACCAGAACACCAACAUGAGGACGUACAUCCUGUCAAGAACUGACAUGGACAAUCUGGUUUUGCCCAUCCUCGAGAUCCUUUACCACGUAGAGGACAGAAAUUCCCACCAUGUCUACAUGGCCCUUAUUAUUCUUCUUAUUCUUACGGAGGACGAUGCCUUCAAUCGCUCCAUCCAUGAGGUGGUGUUGAAAAACAUUUCAUGGUACACAGAGAGGUCACUGACAGAGAUCUCGCUUGGAAGUUUGCUCAUCCUGGUUGUCAUUCGCACCAUCCAGUUCAACAUGACACGGACGAGGGAUAAGUACCUACACACCAAUUGUCUUGCUGCACUGGCCAACAUGUCAGCCCAGUUUCGAAGUCUCCAUCAGUACGCCGCUCAGCGCAUCAUCAGUUUAUUUGCUUUGCUUUCCAAAAAGCACAACAAGGUUCUGGAGCAGGCAACACAGUCUCUAAGAGGCAGACAAGGAGACAAUGCAGCCUUGCCAGACUACGCGCAGGACCUGAAUGUGAUUGAGGAGGUGAUCCGCAUGAUGCUGGAAAUCAUCAACUCCUGCCUCUGCAACUCCCUGCACCAUAAUCCCAACCUGGUGUACGCGCUGCUUUACAAGAGGGAGCUCUUCGAGCAGUUCAGGUCCCACCCAUCCUUCCAGGACAUCAUGCAGAACCUUGACACGGUGAUAGGAUUCUUCAGUCAGCGUCUGGAGCAGGCUGGAAGUGACCUGUCAGUGGAGAGGGUUCAAGAGGUCAUCAUGAAAGGAGCCCAGGCCUUGCCUAAAGACAGACUGAAGAAGUUUCCAGAGCUAAAGUUCAAGUACGUGGAGGAGGACCAGCCAGAAGACUUCUUCAUCCCCUACGUUUGGUCGCUGGUCUUCAACUCCGGUGUUGGCCUCCACUGGAACCCGCAUGGCAUCGAGUUGUUCAGCAUGGACUCUGGCUGAACAAGAAAACAACCCCCAAAAACAUUCAGUCUUCAUCACAGUUCAAAACAGAAUAAAAGGACUAAUGAGUGUGUGUGUGUGUGCGUGUGUGUGAUUUAUUUGGUGUGUGUGUGUGUUACCAUUUGUAGAAUGUGCACGCUGCUUUCAAAGUGCCUCGACCUUGUACAUGAUGGAGUUCCUUUUUAUGCAGCACAACCUUGUAUUGUAAUAACUGCUCUGCUUCAACACUGUGAAGCCUCAUCAGUGCUGCUUAGCGGUGCACACAGUAGCUUCCAAUUGUUCCCCAAUAUAUUUCUGUAGUGGAUGCUUGUUUAACAGCACAUAUCUGUUUUUGUUUGAUCAAGACGCUCAGAUUUCUGGCAAUGGAGGAUUCCCUUUAUUUUGUCAUUCUUCAAAGAAACAGGUCACUGAGGAAAAAACAGACAAUACGUACAUGUUACACAUUUCCACCGUGCAACUUUAGAUCCUUAACUAUGUUGUAAUGUACUGAGUUUUAAAUAUUAAUGUCAUAUAUUUAGGUGUUAUUUGGAUCCCUCAUGAGAACAGCUGCGAUUUAUAACUGGUUUGUUUGUGAAGUUGCCGUUGGGUUCAAAACAGUCAGAGAAACAUAAUUUAUUAUCAACUUUUAGAUUAAAAAUGCAGAGUCCCUGGCUGUGUAAUAUCCAUCGUUCAUGUACAGUUUAAUUAGAGCUUAAUCCGAGUCCCUAGACAAUAUUAGCCUCCUGCAUCACUGUGAUUCAUGUGAUUUCAUCGUUGCUUCCAGCCUGACUUCACUCAGUCUUUGUCAUUUGCAUCUUUCUGGAUAGUCUCCCAAGGCAAGUACUUAAACUAGGACAGACACUACAUCUCUUGUCCUGUUGUGCAUAGCUACAACUGUCUCUUCAAUUUGUUACUUUAUAUGCAUGUUUAACUUGAGACUUAAGUUAUUUAUUUCCAUGUAUGUUGGGUUUUUUAUAUAUAAAUAUAAAGAUGCAUAUUCAAGACCACUAAAUAUAAAUGUGGCAGGGAACAAGGUGAGCACUGCUUUUGAGGCUGAAGGCCAUGGAAACCGGAUUGGAAAAUUAGCUUUUUAUUACUGCAAAUUCAGCUAUCAUUUUGUCAGUUUUCUUUGAAAAAUAGGAGUUUCAAUAAAAUGGUUAAAUCAA